GCGUGAGUGAGAGAGUUACCGCCACGGCAGAGCACAACAGCAUGGCGAUGGCGACCCGUAAGUCCUUGCGGAAAAGGCGGAACGUACUCGCAGAAGAAGAAGAAGAUGAUGAAGAGAAGAGGGAAAUGGAAAUGCAGAUAGUGUGCUUCUCACCACGGCAAUAUCAACAUCCAUUCACUCUUCCUCAAGGUUGGAUUAUCGAGCGAAAGCCCCGUCUCGCUAACCCUACAAUAGUUGACAAGUAUUACCAUGAGCCUGGCACCGGAAAGAAAUUCCGUUCCCUCGUCGCUGUCCAGAGAUACCUACUCGAACCACAAACAACCGAAUUUCACGUCAUCUCUCAUCAUCAAAACACGUCUGGGACUGGCACUGAAAAGCAACGGUUCCGUUCCUUGAGAAACGUAGAAAGAUGUUUAUCAGGUCAAACUGCAUCUGCAUGUACAGAUACGCUCAAGGGGCCACCAACACCAACUAAACUUGCUCAUUCACUGAUGAAAUCCGCCACUGCAAAUCAAAGUGAUUGUGGUUUCACUACUUACCGCAGGGUUAUGCAACAUAAAGCCACUCCAGAACCAUUGAGAUGUUCUUUUCCAUCUACGCAUGCUGACAAAUCUGAUUCUCGAAACAAAUUUGGUUCGGGGAAGGACAACAGAUCUUAUAUUCAUAACUUACCACCACCACCAGAGAAAGUAACCUGGGUUCUUUCUGGUCCUGGCGGCUUCUGGAGCCCUUCAGUGAAUGAUUCUGUUGUGGCUGAAUCUGAGAAGCUGAAAUGGUCGGAAGCAUUUGUAUUAUCAAUCCAUAAUAAGAGAUAGUAUCUAUUAAUGGACUUAAUGACAAUGCAUUGCAGGAUUUAUUUAGGAGAGUGCGAGGGUAAAUGAAGCAGAGUUAGGGGACACGAAGCACUACAAGGACAUAUUGGUGAGCCUAUGCUGCAGAGAAUGUUACUCUAUUUCACUGAUUAUAGAGAUUUAAAGAUGUAUUUUCUGUCUACAUGACUCUAUUUCACUUGGAUAAGGAUCGGAGUGGUGAAACUUGAUAAACAAUAGAUCUGCUUAAGGAUUAGGGACUGUGUUGAUGGAGCUAUUUAAGUUCGUUGCUAAUUAUAACUUUUGCUGAUAUAGCAACCUGUGUUGUAUAUGAACGUGUCUUCUAUUUUUCUUGGUGUUA